UCACUCACAUCCAUAACAAGAGGUGUACUAAUUUUUCCAUUUUAUUUAAAUAUUAUGCCUGACGUUAAAUAAUUAACACCACAAUUUUUUAGUUAAUACAUUUUUUUCCAUCAAAUUUCUAAGAAUACAAAUUUAUAGUCCUCUACCUAUGGACUCUGCUUCAUUCCCUCGUCCUUUGAUUUCCAACGUCAUCACCCACACCUUGCAUCGUUCAUGCGCUACUCCACAUAGCGCAAGAUUUGGUCUAUGGAAGAACAACGUGAGAAACUUGGCUUUUUAUGCUGUUGGAUUCUCUAAAGUUGGAAAUGAAGACAUGUUUGAUGAAAGUGAUUUGAAGAGAAACGAAAAUGGAGCAAUCUUAGAAACAUUUGCCGGUGAAAUAACACGAGAAACUAAUGAUUUCUUUGUGAGUGAAGCCGAAGGUGAUCCAGAUUGUCCUUCUAAAGGGUACUCCUCCAUCGAGCAUGCGCUUAACGCAUUACGCGAAGGAAAGUUUGUAGUAGUUGUUGAUGAUGAAAACAACCAUAUUGAAGGAAAUCUUAUAAAGGCUGCAUCUCUUAUUAGUACCAAGGAUGUGGCUUUUAUGAUUAAACAUGGAUCAGGAAUAAUUUCUGUUGGCAUGAAAGAAGAAGAUCUUCAAAGACUGAAUCUUCCUCUUAUGUCACCAGAGACUGAAGAAGAAGAUUCAUCUGCCCCUACUUUUACUAUCACAGUGGAUGCAAAAUAUGGAACUUCCACUGGUGUUUCGGCUGCUGAUAGAGCAAAAACGAUACGUGUUCUAUCGUCUCCGGAGUCUAAAUCCGAGGAUUUGAGAAAACCAGGUCAUGUUUUUCCUCUUAAGUAUAGAAAUGGCGGAGUUCUUAGAAGAGCUGGUCAUACUGAGGCUUCGGUCGACUUAGUUACAUUGGCUGGAUUGCCUCCAUUUUCUGUUCUCACUGCUGUUAUUGAUGUUGAAGAUGGAAAUAUGGCAUCUUUGCCUAAUUUGAAAAGCUUAGCAUUGGAAUAUAACUUGCCAAUUGUCUCAAUAACUGAUUUGAUAAGGUAUCGGAGAAAGCGAGAGAAACUAGUUGAAAGAACUUAUGUCUCUGAUGUUCCAACAAAAUGGGGUCUAUUUCAAGCAUAUUGUUAUAGUUCAAAGUUAGAUGGAACUGAGCAUGUGGCUGUUGUAAAGGGAAACAUAGGAGAUGGUCAAGAUGUUCUAGUACGAGUACAUUCAGAAUGUUUAACUGGAGACAUAUUUGGAUCAGCCAGGUGCGACUGUGGUAACCAACUAGAUUUGGCAAUGGAGUUAAUUGAAGAAGCUGAAAGAGGAGUACUAGUUUAUCUUAGAGGUCAUGAAGGAAGAGGCAUUGGGUUAGGCCACAAACUUCAAGCCUAUAAUUUGCAGGAUCAAGGUCGUGAUACGGUCCAAGCAAACAUAGAUUUGGGCUUAGCUGUUGAUGCUCGUGAGUAUGGAAUCGGUGCUCAGAUUUUGAGGGAUAUUGGAGUGCGAACUAUGAGGUUAAUGACCAACAAUCCGGCAAAGUUUAUUGGUCUUAAAGGAUACGGUUUGGCUGUGAUAGGGCGUGUUCCUGUGUUAACACCAAUCACAGAACAAAAUAAGCGGUACUUAGAAACAAAAAGGACCAAAAUGGGUCAUAUUUAUGGGUCUGAUAUAUAAGGAUCAUUACAGGAACUCAAUGAUUCAAUUGUAAAUACUCGAAAUUCACAUGUCUUUGGAACUGCGUUUGGAAGCCAUUUCUCGUGUCCAAAAGACAUUUUCACCCUGAAAACACAUAAGCUACCAUACUAAAAUUCUACAGAGUCGCAGUUUCGAACACAUGCACUGCCGCACAUAAAUACGAAAGAAUAAUAAGUUUUCAUACUGUUAAAAAUAUAUUCAAAAGAUGAAAUUUAUUUGUGGAAAUUGUAUUCAGUUUACUAAAUUUAUUGCUAGUCAAUGGAUAACAGUACAAUUGUCAUAGCUAAUGUUUAGGCUGAUUUUUAUGCACUUUGAUUCUCAGGUACAAGAAAUGUAUGUUCUAUAUAUACCUGUAAUCAAUCUUUAGUUUUGCUUAAAAGCAUAUCAAUCUGCCUUAGCCAUAUCUUUCUCUACCACAUCUGAAAUUCUCAUCACUUCUAAUGUAAACUCAGUUGUGGCCUUAAACACUCAUGUCUCCCUCAAAUAAAAGAGCUUUGUUUCACAUGUCAAAACUUCCACAUGAAUAUUUUUCUUAUGCUUUCAAAACAACAGCAUACUUGAUAAACAGGUUGCCAACCCCAACCCUUAACAUGAAAUCUCCUUUUCAGGCUCUACGUGAUAAAUGUCCAAUUCCAUUUCAUUUACAUUCAUUUGGUUGCUUAUGUUUUCCUUGGUUACGUUCUUAUGUUUCUUAUAAACUUUAACCAAGACCCAAACCAUACAUUUUUAUAGGAUAUGUUGAAUCGUGGUAUAGUUACUUAUGUUUAAUUCUGAUUUCUCAUAGAGUAUACACAACUAGACAUGUGAAGUUCUUUGAUCACAUUUUCCCUUAUGACACCCUCACGCGAUCCACACCACUGCCUCUACAAACUAUGCAGGACAUUCUUUAACCCCUCCCCACAACCAUCUCAGUUACACCUUCUACUUCCCAUCAACUAACUCAAGAUUAUUAUGCAAACUGAACAAGAGGUUCCCUAGUGUUCAAUUUCUGCACCAAGUAAUGAGCUUGUGCCCGUCAUCUCAAAUUCACACGUUCCUAUUCAUACUUGUUAGAUAUAAUUCAGAUUCAGUUUCAUUUGCAUUUAUUUGAUUUUGCAUUUGAGUUUCAUUUUAUUUGGGUGUUAGUAUAUAAACCGAAUGUGAGUUUAAUUUGUAACAGAAUUUACAGUUUCCUUUUUCGAGAUAGAAGUUAGUUACACCCUUUCUUCUUCCAUCUUUAUCUUCAAUCUUGUGCACCAACAAUUGGUAUCGGAGUUUGACUAGAUUCACAGGGAAACCCAAGUGUACGUGAGGCGUGUGUGAUUGUUUUCAUUUCUUGAAUUUGCAUUGAAUUUACUAUCGAAAUCGAACAGAAUCACAUUUCUUGAUUAUGCGGAUUGGGAAACACGAGCGUUGGUGAGAUCGAAUUUGCACAAGAACGAAGAUGAACGGUGGAAACGGUAGCUUGAACACAAACCUUACAGUAUUUGAUGGAAAGAACUGGAAUCAGUGAUGAUUCAGAUGUGCGUGUUGUUUGGCGCUCAAGAUGUUCUUGAUCUCGUUAAUGACAGUUACAUUGUGGUUGCAGCGGAUGCAACGGAAGAGCAAAGAAACGCGACAUGAAACAAGGAAGAAGGAUCAAAAGGCGUUGUUCUAUAUCCAUCAGUGUGUGGAUAGGAAUGUGUUUGAGAAGAUCGCUGAUUCAACGAUGGCGAAAGCUGCGUGGGACACACUAGUACGGUGAUACGAUGAUGACACAUCAGUGAAGAAAGUGAAGUAUCAGAGUCUGCGUAAGCA